AUGAUUGCCGUGUGCGUACUCACUCCGCUACCCGCGCUCUUGCUGGUCGUGGCACUUGAGCUCAUUCCGCUCCAAAACCCGACGGACGGAUGGGAGAAAAACUACGGGGCUUGGCUGCGCUUUGGAGUCAUCAGCUUCACAGUCGGCGUGGGGCUGACCGUCCAGAUGAAGGGGAUGUCGGGCAACAUCGCGAUCUUCUACACCGGACUAAGCGCCGCAUUCGCGUCGCUAUCCGACCACGCACAGAUCGUCUUUGUGGCUCUAUUGCCGCUCAUUAGGUUGGUGUUCAAGAAUGCCGUGGCCUCCGUCUCGUCAUUUCUCGAAGAAUAUGUAUCGGGGAUCGUUGUGUUCUCAGCCGAGUUAGCCCACGCGUUGUUCGCAGCCACGUGCAUGCAGACGGCGAGGUCACCACUCGCAUCCGUCGUGAUCAUCAGCUUCGAUGCGCUGUCGUCUAUACUGUCGCUUCGUAGUAUUUACCGAAGCACACAAACCGUUCAGAAAUUGCUGGUCAACCGAGAGCAGCCGCAGCUCAUCGCAGAGGUGCUGUCACUGCUGGUGCUGUACCUCGUGAUCCAGCGUCGAUUUGGGUUCUCCAUCCUUCAUCAGUUGGCGUUUGUGUUGGAGACGCACGCGAUGCAGGUACAGGGGCGGAUGUUUGUGUGGACCGCGUUCAUUCUCACGUUCACUCUGGAGCAUUUUGGAUCAGACUUCACCUUUCAGCUCGAGUGGAUGCGGAAUAAAGACACCUAG